GUGGCGGUAAUGCACACCAGAAGGUUGCUUGACAACUGCCAUUAAACGCAAAAAAGAAGAGGAAGAAGAAAAAGAAGUCACACGGAAUUUGAAAUAUUUCAGUUUAAAGCUUCACAUUUAUUGUAGCUGUAUUUAAACUGCUUUCCACAGACAUGUCAUGUUUUGAUGGUGAUCCCAACUUCUGCCCAGAGUGUGGGAAUGUUCUCCCUCUCCCAGGGAUGCCGAUCACUAUCAGUUGUCCCCGCUGCUCUUUCUCCAGCCCUGUAUCAGAGUUUUCAAAUCGAGAAAUUUGCUCUACGGUCGUCUUCAAUCAAGUGAAUAAGUCUUCUGUGGUACUAAAGAGCAGCGAGGACUCUGAAAUGAAGGGUCCUGUGAUCGACAGACGUUGCUCUCGGUGCAAUAAAGAAGGCAUGAUUUACCACACCAGGCAGAUGAGGUCUGCAGAUGAAGGCCAGACUGUCUUCUUCACAUGUAUACACUGCAGGUAUCAAGAGAAGGAGGACUCCUGAGAAGAUCUAAAUGAUGUGCUCGCUUUCAUCCAUGCUGUUGUGCCCUAGGCAAGAUACUUCACCAAGUGUUGCCCACAUACAGUGGAUAUAAAAAAGUUUACAUACCCUUG